UUUUUUUCAGUGGCGGUUAGCUUGUCCACCUGCUUGCUUCCUCUUCUUCUUCUUCCCUUAUCCUCCUUGUCGCCAAAUUUCAACUGAUCUCAGCUCAAUCGAUCAAAUUCUGAUCCCUGUGUGGAGUUUGUGUUUUUGAAAAAUUUGAGCUUUCCACCAAAUUUUGAAAUUAACUUAUUUUUUGUUGUUCUUCGUGAAUCUGUCUACGAUCGCUAUACCCGAAGAUUGAGUACUAAUCACUGGGACUUCGCUCUUUGAAUUCGUCCUCAAAGGGUGUUAAUGAGCUCGUAGAAGCUACCGGAAAAUGGUGUCCAUGAGCUCUGGUGAUGAAAGUCUUCGACUUUGCGUGUUUGAUCUGAGGAGAGGUCAAACCGAAGGACAAGAGCUAGACAAGAUUUUGUUCUUUUAUCCUGCUGAGUUAGACUUAUCCACGCAGUUAUCAGUUAUAGGGCUCAGUGAAGGGCUUAUUACUUUUACUAGACUUUUCUCUCCGGAGGCAGCUUGUGAGGUUAUAGAAGCAGAAAGACAUUCUCAUGUUUUCUAUGAGCCUGAACCCGAUAUCUGGAUGGUUAUGGUUGUGGAGAAAAAUAAGGAGACAGGGGCAAUAUGGAGGAUUGAUGCAUUAAGGAGAGUGCUUAAGGAAGUGCACUCACUCUUUGUGAUGUUUCACGGGUCAAUUAGGGCAUUAAUCGAGAAAGAACCAACAGGAGAGCUUACCCGAUCACAGUUGUACCCGUUCUUCACAGAUUAUCUAAGCACAUUUCAAAAGCUGUCUCGCUCGGAAUUCUGCUGCUGUGAUCUUUUUGUUGGGAAGAAACUUGAGCUACCAACUUUCCGAGAAACUUUGAGAGAGCGUGGAACUGUUCAGAUGCUUACUUUAGCAAGGGACACUGCACUUGAAGUUCAGUCUCUUGUUCAAGUACUAGAUUCAUCUGCUGGGAGCUUAAGAUGCCACUCUAUGAUCUUAUUUCAAGAUCUGUUGGUUUCAACAACUCUCUCAGCUGAUGAUACCGUCAACUUAUUUACAUUUGCUGUAAUGAGGUUGACCUCAAAAGCUUUAUCCUCUGAUGCGAAUUCUUGGUCAUAUCUACGUAAGGGGCCUGGCUCAUCUGAAAUCUCUAAUAGAUCCACUUUGGCACCCUUUGGCUCAAUUGAUUCCCUACCCUCAGGAAAUGGUAAUAACAUGCAUCAUGUUAUUAGGCCACUACAGAAUGACAAGUGGACAAAAGGGAAAGAUGGGUUUCUAUUAACCGAUAUUUGGGGUGUAGAGACUGGCGGUUCCCCUGAUUCUGCCAUCCCUACAAUCUGGCUUCAGCAAACACAAGAAAGAGUGUAUCUCCUUGCUUAUCAGCAUAAAAGUCUCACCUUACUUCUUCUCAUGCCUACAAAUGCCAUUGUCAAUGGAGAUUUAAACGUCUCAGCCGUGAAACAGCAAGUUAUUGAAGAUGCAUCACUGAGAAUUUUGAAAAUUGAAGAGAAUAUUUCAAGAGGGUGGGGCGGUGAGAAUGCUUACCAUAUCAAGGGUUACCGUUACUUAGUAGUUGAUAAUGACAUGGAAGUUUCCAGAGCUUCUCCUUCAGGAAAAGUUGCAACACUUAAAAAGGAGUCUCUACUUGCACUAAACAAGCUUAGAGAAGAAGUGGAUUUAGAAAAAAGCCGUGCGAAAAGGCAGGAGAAAGACAUGGAAAUAUGCAUCAGAGCUAAGAACAACGCGUGGGUAAUCACCCGUGUGACCAGAGGUAAAGAGCUUUAUAUAGCUUUGGAGAAAGGCAGCGACACUCUUCUUGAAACCGCACACGCUGUUGAUAGAUUCAGCAACAGGUAUUGCAGCGGAGCGUUCUUGAUGGACUAAGUUUUCGUGUUCUGUCUACUGGUUUUGGGAAGAGGUUUCUUUUGAGUUUCAAGUACUAAGUGAAAAGCUCAGCAGAAGAAAUGAGCUCUUCUCUCUCUCAGCCAUUAAUUUUGUUGUGGGAAUUGAAUUGUGUUCUUGGUUGACCUGUAGAUAUGUAACAAUGGUUUCCACUUUCAAUCAGUGCAAACGAAACCCUUUUUGUUAUGGUGCGUAGGAAAACAUCUUUCUCGUGGUCCUUUAUUAUAGGUUUGGUUGUAUAUACCCACUCUUAGUUAAUAAGUACUAUACAGUUGUUACUCCA